AUGACCUUACCUGAAGCAUCAUCGCAGUCUCCAGAUGAGAUGGUCAAUUUCACUCUUCUCAGUCCUGCAGCUGCCCCGAUCCUAGCCCCGCGGCUGGGAAAUUUGGCUGUUGCGGGCAGAACAGCCAUUCCGACGCCCAAUUACAUUCCACUAACGUCGCGAGGGGCUGUACCUCAUAUUGCGCACGAUGUGAUGCGCGACCAGACGGCGAUCGGCAGCCUGUUUAUUGGUCUCGAGGAUUUCAUAGAAAAGCAAGCAAAUACAGGACCCCUCCGGAAGGGAAGUCCGCCGAUAUACAAUGUACCAACUGCGCCGCAUGAAUCGGCCUUGCGCAAAUUCAUCAGUGUUCCUGAGGAGUUCCUGCUCAUUCUCGGUCCGCGACGGGUGCCUUCGAUCGUCUGCCCCCCGAACAACACGCCUAAUUCGAUAUCCGUAUUGACGUCGGUCGGGUUCAGGCAGCUAGAGGCUGGUGAAUAUGUGGAAGCAGUACGGAAGCUACGGCCGGACAUCGUGGUGGGAUUAGCAGACUUGGCCCAGGGACAAACUCCCGGCUCCAAGAGGAGGGUAAAGAUGGCUGACAGAACCCAUGCAUUCACUUCGCAUGCAACGGAGCAGCUCUAUGGUCAAACAGUACCAGAGGGAAGUCGAUCAAAAUCAGCAUACUUUGCGCCGGUGCUGCCUCUUGAGAAUACGCAGCAAUCGCUCUACCUGGCCGAUCUUGAGCAUGAUCUACGCCCUCACAUCUCCGGUCUCGCAUUACACGAGUCGGCAUCGCUAUCGAUUCUCCCGGAGAAAUUAGGCAACCUGCCCCGACUACUCUUCAGUGAUCCAGCUACACCACACGACAUCCUACGUCAGGUAUCUCUCGGCGCCGAUAUCUUCACCAUUCCUUUCCUGGGGGCUACCUCGGACGCGGGAAUAGCCUUGGAUUUCACCUUCCCAGCCCCGUCCACAGCCGAGACGGCUGCAAGCGAAUCUCGACCUCUCGCAUUUGACCUAUGGUCCUCGUCGUUCAAAGUGGACACAGCAUCUUUGAGCGGUUCCUGCGAGUGCUACACCUGCAAAAACCACCACCGCGCAUACAUCCACCACCUACUAUCCACAAAGGAAAUGCUCGCAUGGACAUUACUCCAGAUCCAUAACCACCACACCAUCGACAAGUUCUUCUCCGCUAUUAGAGCAAGCAUCGAGCGAGGAACCUUCGACACAGACGCCGACAUGUUUCAUAGAGUUUACGCCCCAGAUUUACCCGAGAAAACCGGCCAGGGCCCCAGACUCCGUGGCCACCAACUCCCCGCUGCUGGACCUCACCAAACCCGACGCUUCCCUCGCGUGUAUGGUCGUCUCGACGACGCGGCGGAGAAAUUCGCAGAGUCGGAAUCGUCGAUUGCCACGCCAGAUACGGGCGCUGAUGGACUAGAGGCACACGGCUUUGCGCAGAAAACCACCUAA